CACAGACAACAAUGUCAUGAGGGACACUGUCAAGCACUAUGCACAAAGCCAGGCACAAAAGGUCCCUUACCCUGCCCCUAUCCACCACUGCUUUGUAGACCCAACCACAGAACAGCACCAAAAGCGCCAGGAAUGCUGAUUCUGCACUUUGGAAUGUCAUGCUCCCUGCUACCAAUCACCUCUUGCUUUUCCAUUGGCCUCAGCAUAGUCUCCUGGAGAAGCAGCCUCAGCUUCUUGCCUGACACAGAGCUCAGCCUGACUGCUCCGCAGUUGCCACAGGCUUCUUCUGCUUUUCCCUUUAGAAAAACGGGCCUUCUAUUUCCCUUCUACCACUUCUUGGGAACUUCAGCUGACAGACACCAGGUUUCAAAAACCAUCCACAUUGGCCCAGCAACUCCAUCAGACAGCUCCCUCAGGAGCCACGCAUUAACCUCCUCAUGUCCCAUGCACUUGUACGCAUGCAGGUUGCUAAGACAGUCUCAAACUCGAGCCUCUCCUCCGCUGGCCCGGGCAUCUGCAUUCUUCACGCAGGCCUCCCAGCAACUGCCUUGCGUGACGUCGGCGGCACGCCGUGAGAUCCCUGACACGCGAGGCUACAAACAGCCACUCCUCUCCACAGCCUCCUUGCCCCAAAAGUCGAGAACCUUCAAAUGCCAUGGUCCGCUCCUAGCAACAAUCCCACCAUGCCUCCGCCAGGCCAGGCUGAUCAUGGCCUUGCACAUCUCCGCACAGCCCAAAUUCCUCUUCACCUCUGCCCAGAUUUCCUGCGCUUUUGGAAAGGCAUCUGAAACUACGGGCUAACCUUCACUACUCCAGCCAAAGUGGCCCGGCUCCCUCAGCCUUGUCCAAAAGCCACGUCCUCUGCAACCCCUGUGCAUCUUCAGAGCCAUCCCCUCCAAGAACUCCACACCUCUCACGGAACAAAGAGCCCCGGACAGGACACACCGUUGCAGGCAAGGGCUCUGGCAAUCCCAAAACACAACACCAUUUCUUUCAUGCGGGACAGUCCUCUUUGGCCCUGGGGCCGCCUCAUCCACUGAGGCACCGAUCUCCAAAGCAGACCUGUGCUCCAGGGUCACAGGCAUGGGACCAAGCACGACAGUAAGAGCAAAGCCCUUCCCUUUCUCCAACUUCUUCCCUCAGCCUUUCCUGCCUGCCUUGGGGCCGGCUCCUCCCAAACACAGCAGGUGGAGCGCCUGCCUCCCUGCAAGGACGCACUCAGGCCUUCCGGGCCCACGGGCACAGACGGCCCCUCGAACACUGCCACUGCCUCUGGGCAUUCCCCGCAGGAGGGGAAAGGCCAGCCCCCGCCCACUGACAUCACCGCGCAUCCCUUGCAACCACAAAAGGAAAGCGGCGGCUAAGAUGAAAAUCUAGGCAAGCCACAAAGUGAAAGGAAAAGUGACCACAGCCACCAGCAGGGCUUUGCAGGUGGAAACUAGGCUGGGGCACAAAGACAGACUUGGUUGCACAGCACAGAGCGCGCAGCCGGCCCGGCAGGUGAAAGGGAGCACCCAAGAGCCCUCUCCAGCAGCCUUGACCCCGACGCCUCUGAGCCAGAGCUUUCGCAAGCCCGGCACACCGCUGCCAUCACAAUCCCCAAAACAGGAAACCCCACAAAACACUGCCCCGAGACCACCAGAGCCACAAGCCCAGAGCGGAAACUACAGCCAGAAAGUGCCAGCAAUCGGAAAGCGAUGAAGGGAAAGCUGCCUUGCAUACAAAGCCGCUCACCAGGCAGCACCCCGAGCACAGCCGCCACCAGCACCAGCAGCACCGGCACACCUCACCAGGCUCCUCCUGCCCUGCAGCACCCGACAGCAGCCACAGGCCCAGCAUGGCUGCGCCCACAGCCACACAGCCACGCCUGCCGCACGCCGCCCCGCCGCUCCUGCUCCUCCUCACCGCUCUCGCCACAUCCCUGGCCUGCCAACACCUCUGGACACACGAGGACGCCUUCCCCGGCGACGCGCUCCGCCUCCUGCAGGACAUGGCUGCCAGCCACACGCAGCCCUGCCACCUCCAAGAGCGGCCCUUCUUCCCCGACGCCCUCCUCCACAACAACCUGCACCCGCACCAAGCCGCCGCCACCGCCCUACGCAUCCUCCAGCACCUCUUCCACACCCUCAGCUCCAACAGCACCCGCCAGCACUGGCCCAGCCAGCCUCGCAACCACCUCCUCAACCAACUGCAGCACCACAUCCACCACCUCGAGCAAUGCCUCCCCGACAACGGCACGCUCCUCAGAGGACCGCGCAACCCGCUGCUCGCCAUCAACAAGUACUUCAGGGACAUCCACCUCUUCCUCCACGCCCACAACCACAGCGCCUGCGCCUGGGACCACGUCCGCCUCGAAGCUCGCGCCGCUCUACAGCACCUCCACAACCUCACUCGCACCAUGCGCCGCUAGCCCAAACACCCACGCGCCCACCCACGCCUACGC